AUGGUGGGGCAAUGGGGGAAAGAAGAUGAUGAAGAGGUGACGAUCAGAUGCUAUGAUGAUCGUAGGGACAGAAUUGAAAUGGAUUGUGUGGAGAAAAGUUGUGAGAUUGGUCAUGACCACCAAACUUUUCUCUUCACUGACACUUUAGGUGAUCCCAUCUGCAGAAUCAGAAACACUCCUCUCUUCACUAUGCUGGUGGCAGAAGUUGGGAAGAAGCUGGUGGGUUCCAUACAAGGCUCGGUAAAGCCAGUGAAGUUCCAUGACAAGUCAGUGAAAGUGGGUUACGUUCUUGGUCUGAGAGUUGUCCCGCCGUAUCGACGUCGUGGCAUUGGUUCGAUUCUGGUGAGAAAGAUGGAGGAAUGGUUCGUAGUUCACAAUGCUGACUUUGCUUACAUGGCUACUGAAAAGGACAAUGAGGCCUCUCUUGGUCUCUUCGUCGGAAGACAUGGCUAUGUCAUCUUCAGAAACCCGACGAUUCUCGUCAACCCGGUCAAUCGUGCUCGGGGUUUGAAACUUCCUUCUGAUAUCGGAAUAAGGAAGCUAAAGGUGAAAGAAGCUGCGUCAUGGUACCGGAGACACGUGGCAUCAACGACAGAGUUUUUCCCUGAGGACAUAGACAAAAUCUUAGGGAACAAGUUAAGUAUCGGGACAUGGUUGGCUUAUUACAACAAGGACGUGGACAACAUGGAAAGCUGGGCAAUAGUUAGUGUGUGGGACAGUAGCAAAGUGUUCAAACUCAGGAUCGGAAAAGCUCCUUUAAGCUAUUUGAUUCUCACCAAAGUUUGCAACUUUCUCGGUGGAUUCUUGCCGUUCUUGGGAUUUCCUGAUUUGUUUACUCCGUUUGGGUUUUAUUUCCUCUAUGGGGUUCACAUGGAAGGUCCGUUACGUGGGAAACUCGUUAGGGCUUUGUGUGAGCAUAUUCAUAACAUAGCUGCGUCGUCAAAUCACGGUGGUGCGUGUAAAGUCGUGGUGGUGGAGGUCGACGGGGAUGAUGAUGAUCAUCAUUCUCUUUUGCGGAAAUGUGUUCCGCAUUGGAAAAUGCUUUCGUGUGAUGAUGACACGUGGUGUAUCAAGCCGUUGAAAUGUGAGGAGAAGAUGGCUGGUCUGAGUGAAUUUACCAAUAUGCCCUUGGGUUCGAACUCGGGGUCGUCACUCUUUGUGGAUCCAAGAGAUGUGUAG